AUGAAGGGCAGGACGGCGGUGAUGUACACAGAGAUCGGCUGCUUCGUAUCCUGCCUGAGCGGCUGGAUCCUGGUGUGUUCCACUCUGCCCACAGACUACUGGACUUACUCACAGUCAAGCACCACUGUGCUGACAACCGCCAAGCACUACUCCAACCUGUGGAAGGACUGCGUCUCAGACAGAUCGGGGGUGUCCGACUGCAAGGUUUUUCCUUCCUUGCUGGCCUUGUCUGUGUUCCUGCACGCUUGCAGAGCCCUUGCUAUCUGCGCCGUUAUCACCGGCUUCUUCGGAGGUGUCCUCACACUCAUAGGGAUGAAAUGCACUAAAAUAGGUGGAUCAGAACUUGCCAAUGCCAGGGUGACCUUUGCAGGUAGUAUAACCUACCUGGUAUCAGGGUUCUGUGGUAUGAUCACCUACUCGUGGUGGGCCAACAGAGUCAUAACAGAAUUCCUGGACCCACAAUUCGUGGCACAGAAAUAUGAGCUUGGAGCUGCAGUUUUCAUUGGCUGGGGGGGCUCCAUCCUUCUCCUCUCUGGAGGGACGGUGCUGGCUUACUUCUCUGGAAGAGAAGGCCUAACAUCAAGCUCUGUCGGCACACCUCCAAAAAGGCCACAGAGCCAGGCCACUCAGGCCACCGCCUGGAACAGACGGGGCUACAUGCCGCCCGCCCCGUCAUCCAGAGUGACUCUGGUGCCGUCGCUGUUUUAUGAUGGCAGGAAGAGCCGAGCAACCAGAGCGACACUGGAGACCUUCAGCAGGGACAGCUUUGUCUGAGC